AGUGAUUCUCUAUCAAAAGACGUGAUUAGAGUUGACACGACAACCACAUUUUAGUCAUUUUAACCUUUUCAUUUUUUAUUCUGUUUUUUAAUACUCUAAGGUAAGCAUAAGCCUUAGUUACUUAUUGAUAUUGUUCCAUUUUUUUUCAUUAUUAAACGAUUAAACUUCGUCUCGUCUUUAUGACUUUAUCGAAACUAGUGAAUAAAACGAAAGCAGACGACACUAAUCUUAUUUUCCCGCUGAAAAUAAAAGCUGAAGAUAUCGAUUAUCGAUAUAAAUUAAAUCGACCCCCACCCAUUAAAUUAAAACCAAUCACAAACGAGAAAACUAGGUUUCUCAGUAUUCUCACUAGCACUCGACAUGACAUUAUCCAAAAGUUUUUCUCAAGCCACAGUCAAGAUAAAAGGCAAAUAUUUGCACGAAACCCGUAUAGAUAGUUACUUUUAAAUCGCCCCAAUAAGACCCUCCUAGCCUCAACAGGACCUUAUGGAAGCUUUAAAUAGAACGUCACCUGGAUCAAAAUGGGAAGGUGAUCAAAAACGAGGCUUUCACUCCUUUUGACAUCGGGAAGCGAAUUUGUUUGGGUGAGCCAUUGGCGCGAAAUACGGUUUUUCUUUUCGUGGCUUGUCUCGUGAAAACGUUCGAAUUCAAGUCGGUCCCGAACGAACCGCUUCCGUCGUUGGAACCCAAUUCCGGAAUUCUAUCCAGUCCUAAACCGUUCAAAGCCGUCGCAAUUCCGCGAGUUUGGAAUCAAAGAAAAGAAAUUUAGUUUAUUACCGCAUCUCUUAAAAUAUUAUGCCAAAAAAAAAGGGCAAAUAGCUUCAGGCUGGAUGAAGUAAUAAAAAAAAAAAGUGUUUCCUGGGAUGCGUUUGUGAUGAAUGACCCAUUUGGUAUUCGAGUGCCCUCAAGGAUCUAUACGUUUAUUUCGUGGAGGAAAACCGGUUUAUCUACUAUUGGGGAGCUAAGCAAGUUCAUUCUCUCGUCACCCAUAAAAAAUAGUGAUGUAAAAAUCAACUGUCUGGCCAGUUUCGACCAUAUAGUAGACAGUAGACCAUUUGUGAGCAAGCAGUUUGGACACGCUCGUGUCCGUGGUGAUCUAAUAUGCUGCCGCCGCCUGCUCAGAUUUUUGGCAAUUUGAGUGUCUGGGCCUCUUUUCCCGCAUUUGUUCUCUAUUAUUUGUUUUACAGUUCGUUCGAGUUCAACGAUCCUGAAGGACGCGUCACGGAUACUACGACGUUUCUGAACGAAUACGAUUUUAUCGUCAUUGGCGCUGGAUCGACUGGAGCGGUUGUGGCCAAUCGGCUCACCGAAGUAAACGACUGGAAAGUGCUUUUGCUGGAAGCCGGCGGAGAUGAAACGAUAGUGUCCGACGUUCCAGGAUUAGCUCACCACCUCCAGCGGACCAACAUCGACUGGAGUUACAAAACCAUUCCGCAAUCCGGAGCCUGUCUGGCCUUCAAUGAAAACAAGUGCAUUUGGCCCCGGGGCAAAGUUCUCGGUGGUUCGUCCGUCCUGAAUUACAUGGUCUACGCCCGUGGCAACAAGAACGAUUACGAUCAAUGGGCGCUGGAUAAUCCCGGUUGGUCCUACGAUGAUGUAUUACCGUAUUUCAUCAAGUCGGAAGACAACCGGAAUCCGUACAUUGCCGCCAACAAGAAAUAUCACGGCACGGGUGGUUACCUGACUGUCCAGGAGCCGGCGUACAUGACACCCCUAGCGGCGGCCUUCAUCCAGGGCGGAGUCGAAAUGGGCUACGAAAUUCGCGACUGCAAUGCGGAAAAACAAACUGGUUUCAUGAUACCUCAGGCCACUAGCCGGAGAGGAGCUCGUUGCUCGACGGCCAAAGCUUUUUUGAGGCCCAUCCGCAAACGGCCCAAUUUGUCCAUUUCGAUGCGCUCGCUGGCCCACAGGAUCGUCAUCGAUCCGGCCACCAAACGGGCCACCGCCGUCCGCUUCGAGAAGAGCGGGAAAAUCUACCAAAUUAAAGCCAAAAAGGAAAUUAUUGUGUCAGCCGGAACCGUCAACAGUCCGCAAUUGCUGAUGCUGAGCGGAAUCGGCCAUGCGGAUCACCUCGGCUCGUUCGGAAUUCCGCUGAUGGCCGACCUGCCGGUGGGCGACAACCUCCAAGACCAUAUCGCCCUAGGUGGAAUGGUCUUUAGAAUGGAUCAACCAUUUGGAGUGACGGAAGCGCGGUAUUACAGUAUUCCGGUCAUCCUGAAUUACACCAUCAACGCCGCAGGGCCUCUGACGUCACUGGGCGGCACCGAAGGGGUGGCCUGGAUCAAAACCAAAUACGCACCGGACGGCGAUUGGCCGGACAUUCAAUAUCAUUUCGUUUCGGCUACUCCGGCUUCCGAGAGCGGAUUGUUCUUCCGCUACAACACGGGCGUGAGGGACGACAUCUGGAACGCCUAUUACCAGCCCCUCGUCAACACGGACAUGUGGCAAUUGAUCCCGACUUUACUCCGCCCAUUAUCCAGGGGUACCAUCCGGCUGGCCUCCAACGAUCCGCACGCGGCUCCGGUGAUCGAUCCGAAAUAUUUCACCGAUGACGCCGGAAUGGACCUCAAAACUCUGAUCGAGGGGACGAAAUUCGCACUGGCCUUGAGCAAGACGGAAGCGUUCCGGAAAGUGGGCAGCAAAUUUUACGAUAAGAUAUUCCCUGGAUGCGAGAGCUUCACUCCGUGGACGGACGACUACUGGGGCUGUUUCAUCCGCCAUUAUUCGACGGCCAUUUACCACAUGACCGGCACCUGUAAAAUGGGAUCGGAUCCAGCAAAGGCCGUCGUCGAUUCGAAAUUGAAAGUUCACGGGAUCGGUGGUCUGAGAGUGGCCGACUGUUCCAUCAUGCCAAAUGUUGUAUCCGGCAAUACCAACGUUCCGGCGAUAAUGAUUGGAGAGAAGGUGUCUGAUAUGAUCAAAGCCUUGUGGUUAAUAUGAUAAUCUUCAUAUAAAUUAAUCGCUACCUGAUAUUCAUUCUCAAACAUUUAUUUAUUGCGUACAAGAAUGAUCAUCUACUCAUUUAUCAAAAUUGAAAUUCUGUAAAGUAUUGACUUAUUUAUUAAAUGUUUCUGGGAAUAUACAUUGACUGUUUUCUCUUAACCAAUAAACGGCAGACGCCUCUUUCAUUUUA